GAUGUUUACACCUGGGGAUCUGGGCAACGCGAAGGCCGUGCGUGGUAGACCGUGAUCGGCGUGUCAGUAAUGACCGCCGAAGACUCUACUAGUAGGAUGACGAGUGGCCGUGGUGACGCGACGAACGAGCCUCCGGCGAGACGGUGAACGUGCGACGACGAGAGUGUACGUGAUCAAUGCGGAUCGACGCCGCCGUUGAGGAGCUUCAUUCCGACCAAUUCCGCCCAAUCUCGACCGAAUGUCAAACGCCACCUUCCUCCAUAUACAAAUACGUUUGGUUCCGUGAAUAAAUUAUGAGCGUGGACAGCGAGAACAAGUCAAGCGAGGCGCGUACGAUCGCGCCGUACAGCGCGGAGAACGGCACCGACGGUGGUACCGAGGGUGGACCGGUGACGCCGGAUAUGGUGCUCCGAUUGCCCACUAUCACGGACAAGUACCUCUGCUCUCCUGAAGCCAACAUCUAUGACAUAGACUUCACGAGAUUCCAAAUUAGGGAUCUAGAAACUGGUGCCGUACUGUUUGAGAUAACAAAGCCUCCUGCCAGUGAAUGUGAUGCUCAUCAAGAGCUGGAACCAGAUUGCGAAGAGCUCGGAUCUGAGGAUGCAAACACGGGACGCUUUGUGCGAUAUCAAUUCACGCCGCAAUUUCUGAAGUUAAAGACGGUCGGAGCAACAAUCGAAUUUCUAGUAGGGCCUAAGCCGAUUAAUAACUUCCGGAUGAUAGAACGGCACUUUUUCCGAGACAGAUUGCUGAAAACCUUCGAUUUUCAAUUCGGAUUUUGCAUACCAAACAGCAAAAACACAUGCGAACACAUCUAUGAGUUUCCAACAUUGCCUGCGGAUCUAGUUUCCGAAAUGAUCGGGAACCCGUUCGAGACGCGAUCCGAUUCGUUUUAUUUCGUCGACAAUCAGCUUGUGAUGCACAAUAAGGCCGACUACGCAUACAACGGUGGGCAUACGCACGACGUAUUGUAAUGUGCAGUUUGUUGAUUAGUACUAUUGCAAGUGAUAUAUUAGGAUUAUAAAAGUAUAUCACAGUUACAUGUUACAGCGAUGAUCGGUCUGCACAGAUUUGGCUAGCGAUUUGACGUUUCGUCUUUCGGCACAAAAAAAACGAGCUUAAAAAAAAUUUGCGGAUCAGCAAAUGAUCCUCGGACACGCGAAAUAUAAUAUUGUUGCAACGGAAACGCUUUACUCUAAAGCUACAUUUGAUUCGUUGACAAAUUAAAUAUAGUUCCUAUUUUUCUUUAGUAAAAAGAAAGAAACCGUUAUUUAUUUAUAAAUUAUUAUCGAAUCAGAGAGUGAUAUUUAGUUUUAUAGAAUGUUUUAAUGGUGUCUGCCCUCUCACGCGCGAUGCAUUCGCUAGCGGCGAGUAUAUCGUUAUAUACGAGCACAUGUAGCACACUAACACACGUGGCCUCCGAGUGGAAUUACAUCUGAUUCCACGAGCUUUCUUCGAAGUUACAGCCUAUGCAGUUCUCACGGUAAUAAAAUGUGCGACGGGGGGCAAACUGAAAUUAGGAAUUGCGACGCUCUUUCGACGCUCAACGGCGCUUUUCUGCCGCGCGAUACACAUAACUUGCAGUUUCUUUCCACACCCUUACACGACUGCUAUCGUUUGAAUACUUUUCACAUUGUUCUGUAAUAUUUGUGAAGUUCAUCCAAAAUACACGAAUAUAUUUACAAAGGA